GGAUCCACGUGGUACGUUCGGUCCGGUACGGACUUCGCUGGAGCUCUGUGGCUCUGCUAUGCCAAGUUUGCCCCGCUGCGGUGGCAUCAGCUGUUGGCAGGUGAACAGUGAGAUGGGACGGACGUCAAAGGACAAGAGGGAUGUCUACUACCGUCUGGCCAAGGAGAAUGGCUGGCGGGCCCGCAGUGCCUUCAAGCUGCUACAACUCGAUGAGGAAUUCCACCUCUUCCAAGGUGUGACACGGGCAGUCGACUUGUGUGCAGCCCCAGGCAGCUGGAGCCAGGUGCUGAGUCAGAAGAUUCGGGGCCAGGGGUCCGGCCAUGUGGUAGCUGUGGAUUUGCAAGCUAUGGCUCCCCUACCAGGUGUGAUACAGAUCCAAGGAGACAUCACCCAGCUUUCCACCGCCAAGGAAAUCAUCCAGCACUUUGAGGGUUGCCAUGCAGACCUGGUGGUGUGUGACGGGGCUCCUGAUGUCACCGGUCUCCAUGAUGUUGACGAGUACAUGCAGGCCCAGCUCCUCCUAGCCGCUCUGAACAUUGCUACCCACGUCUUGAAGCCAGGGGGCUGCUUUGUUGCCAAGAUAUUCCGAGGCCGGGACGUGACACUGCUCUACAGCCAGCUGCGAGUCUUCUUCUCCAGUGUGCUUUGCGCGAAACCCAGGAGCAGCCGGAAUUCCAGCAUCGAGGCCUUCGCUGUCUGUCGGGGUUAUGACCCUCCAGAGGGCUUCGCGCCAGACCUGACCAAGCCUCUGCUGGACCACUCGUACGACUCAGAUUUCAACCAACUGGAUGGUCCCACCCGCAUUGUUGUGCCUUUCGUGACCUGUGGAGACCUGAGCGCCUAUGAUUCAGACUGCAGUUACCCACUGGACUUACAGGAUGGCUCCAAGUACAAGUAUACUCCACCCACACAGCCCCCCAUCUCACCUCCAUACCAGGAGGCCUGCACAUUGAAGAAGAAGGGGCGGCUGGCCAGGGAGAUCCGCCCCCAGGACUGCACCUUCAGCAGAGUGGAUGCAUUGUCCCAGCCCCUGGUCACCCCUCAGCUCCGCACCUUGCUGUCCCCUGAGAUAGAGGACAACAAAAUGAACUGUACACCUUAACAUAUUAAGUAGAAUUUGAUAUAGAUGUGAAGUUGCCCGUCCCACUGCCACCAAAUGACAUGGAGAGAAAGAAGUGAUGCCCUCAUGACCUAGAGACCUGAAAGAAGUAAAGCCUGUAUCCAGUGAAGAAAAAUCCACCUCGAAAGGAUGGAAACCCGCUGAUGGCAGAGAACGAAGUGCCUAAACCAAGGCUUCUCCUUCCUUAGGAAUCUAUGGUUCUCAAAAAACCUCCAAUAGGCCUUCAAAGAAGUCAAGUGAAAAUCGUCUCUUCCACAAGAAGAUUCCCUUGAGGACAUCAUCUGGAUUCCAGAAUGUGAUGGACCAAUAAAAUGGCUUCUGCUGCCUCCUCCACUGUUUAAUCCUUCUUGGCCACAUCCGUCAUAGACAUCCCAUUUUAUAGCAUCUGAAAAACCCUCAUAUGCCUCAGCUACUUGAUAACAUUUUCUCUCUGCUUCUUUAUCCUAGGGCUUUUAUCUGGAUGCCACCUUAGUACAAGUUCCCUGCAUGCCCUUUGAAUCUACUUGUGUGAGGCAGGUCCCUUCAUGCCUAGAACAUCGCAGCAAUCUCCAGUGUCUGUGGUGGUUGUUGGAACAAGUCAGCCACGCUGACGGAGGGAAGUGGGUGACUGGCUUCCUCUUACCACUCCAACUAGGCCACACUGGUGACAGCUGCUCAACUCUCCUCUCAUGUGUGUUCUUUAGAUACCCUUUUGAGCCUGCUAUAACAUACUACUAGUUCCCUCUUUGGUAAAUAGUUGACUUAAAAGCAUUUGGGGUUUUAUUUAUUUCUGGUGCUGGAGAUUAAAACCAGGGCCUGGUGAAUGCUAAGCAUGCAAUCUACCAACUGAGCCAUACCACCAAUUGAAUAA